AUGGCCGAUGCGGCUGGCGGCAACGGCUCCCAACCGCCACCACAUGGCUCCACCCCCGGCGCAUCCGGAGCGGGUCCAUCCACCUCGGCAGCGGCUGCUGCGCCGGCGCAGCCUACACCCGCGUCGAUCCCCGGCUUCAUGGCCGCCGCUCUUGGCGCAGGCUCAGGGGUCAGAACGGCGCAUCUCCAAGCCAUGGCUAGCCGAGACAUCAAGCUGCCGCCGGUGCCGCCCUCGUUGCUGGCUGAUGUGCAGAGCUUGAUCCCCAAGUUGAAGGCGCAGCUGCUGACCCCGGAGACUAUGGCGGAGAUGAAGCGGUACCAGGCAGAGGUCAGCAAGCUGGAUGUCAAGGACCCGCUGUUUUUUGAGAAGGCGCAAAAGAUCCCCAAGCCCAACCUGGGGCACAGCUUGAUGCCAACAAACUUGAUCUCACCUGAGCUGGCGGAAAAGCUCAAGCAAUGGCGGAACUCGCUUCCUUCCACGGGCGACCUGCCGAGCCAGCAGAAGGCGCAGGUCUGCUACUGCUCCCAGUGCCAGGCGCGGGCGGAGCGGGAGGGCUUGCGCCGCAUCGUCGUCUCGCCUUCGGAGUUCGAGCGGCACUCGGGCACGGGGCACAGCAAGAAGUGGAAGUACACGAUUCGUACCGCAGACAACACGCAGACCAUCGGCGCCUGGCUGGCUUCCCAGAAGCUGGACGGCAGGCGCAGGGCUGGGCGCAGCCCCUUUGCCGCCAAGCAGCGCAAGGCAGAGGCAGAGGCGGCGGAGGCGGAGGCGAGCCGGCUGGUGGGGCGGACGCGCAACAAGCGCAAGCCUGGGCAGGGCGCGCGGGGCGUGCUGGCGGGCGGCUUGGAGGAGGGCGAGGAUGGGCCUUACGGCGAGGAUGAGGAUGAGGAUGAGGAUGAGGAGAUGGAGGAUGCAGAGGCGGAGCGGUCGAGCGGCGGCGCGGGGGCUGCCGCGCCCGCGGUCUCGCCGCCCGCGCCAAGGAGCGCUCCCGCCCGCGGCCCCGGCGCCGGCCGCCAGCCCGCGGCGGCCGGCGGGCAGCAGGAGGAGGGGCAGGGGCAGCCUCCUGCCAAGAAGCGGCGCGUGCUGCGCUGGAUCAGGCGCUCCACCGCCAGUCCUGAGAAAGACGAGGAGGAGGAGGCGGCGGCGGCAGAGGAGGAGCAGGAAGAGGAGGGGCGCAGCCGGUCGCUGGCAGGGCUGCAGGGCCGGGGCGUCAAAGUGGAGGAGCAGGAGUCGGAGGAGGAGGAGGAGGUGGAGUUGGCGGGGCUGCCGCUGCUGCUGCCCAUGCAGCGCGCGGCGCGGGCGGCCGAGGCGGCCGCGGCGCGCCUGGCGGCCGCCGCGGCGGCGGGCUCUGCCGUCGGGCCGCGCAUGCUGAGCCUGCCGCCGGGUGGGCGCACCGAUCCCCGCGGUGGCGGCGGCGGCUGGGAGGCGGCUGGGCUGCGCAGCCCCAGCGGCAAGCCGUGGCUGCAGGUGGACCACAGCCACGCUGCGCACGAGGAGGAGGACGACCACGAGGGCACGGAUGUGCGGCUGGGACCGCAGUACCAGGCGGUACCACCCGAGUACCGCGGCCCGCCGCCCGCCCUGGGGCCCAGCGCAGAGGCACAGGAGCCGCUGGCGGCGCUGCCGGGCCCUCCCGAGGCGGAGGCACUCGCCCUGGCUGCUGGCUUUGAGAAGGACCAAGCGCAGGCGCUGCCGCGGGACGCCACCGCCGACUUGCGGACCACGUUCGGGCGACGGGUCACGGGGCGGCAGCAGCGCCAGCGCAAGCAGUCGCGCUGGCUGCAGGAGACUUUUGACCCCAACGCAGGCGAGUGUGACACCCAGUUGCUGGGGGGCAAGGCCCUGGUGGAGCGCCAGUUUGGCGAGGAUGAUGCCAGAGAUCGCUUCAUGCUGGGACGCCGCUCCUCCGCCCAGUUGGCGGGCGGAGGCAUGGUGGGCGGCGCGCGCCUGGCGGCCGAGCUGGAGGCGGCGGUGGCCACCGGCGCUGCGCGGGACGCCUCCACUUGGUUUGUGGAGCGCUACUCUGAUGGCAGCCUAGGGCUGGAGGUGCGGGUGGCCCUGGGAGGCGUCACCUUUGCCGGCAGCUUGGUGCCCGUGGCGGGCGGGGUGGUGCCUCGCCGCGGCACCGCCGCCGCCGCCGCGCCGCUGUCGUCUGGCGGCGGCGGCCGGGGCGAGGCUGGCUACCCGUCUGGGCUGGGCGAGGGCGGCCUGCUGCCUGCUGCCAGCGGCGCGAGCUCCGAGAACCGGCAGGACACGCCGGCGGCCACAGGGGCGCUGUCGCUGGCGGCCGGCGGCACGGUACCGGCGGCGCACCGCGGUACCGGCGGUACCACCGCCGCCGGCCUGGCGGCCGCCCAGUCCUCCCACCAGCUGCACCAGGAGGGCGAGUCGCGGCCAGCGGCAGAGGCGGACGGGCGCCGCGCGGCGGCGGAGCUGCGGUUCCAGCGCUUGGAGGUGGAGGGGGCGCCUGCGGGCACGAAAUGCGCGCUGUGCCGAGGCGACGAGACGGACGACAUCCCUGAGGCUCACCGCGGGCUGGGAGGGCGCAGCCAGGUCGGUCUGGGCCCCAUGAUACUCGCGCGUACCACUGCCGUGGCUCACGCUUGGCUGCAUGACCAGUGCGCCCGCUGGAGCCCCGAAGUCUAUGACCCCGAGGGCAAUAACCGGCUGGAGGGGAUGCGGGACGCGGUGCGCCGCGGCCGCAUGCUGCGCUGCAAGUACUGCGGAGAGAAGGGCGCCACCCUGGGUUGCUUCAAGCGCACCUGCCGCGCCUCCUACCACCUGGCCUGCGCCCGCAAGUACAACUGCCUGCUGCAGGUGGAGCCCUACCUGGUGGCCUGCCCCGAGCAUGUGGACCACCUGCCCGCACCCUUCAACGUCCACCGCCCGCCGCGAGGCAAGCGCCCCCACGCCGGCUGCGGCGGCACCGGGCGUGGGCGCGGCCGCGGCGGUCGCGGCCGCGGCGGCCGCCACGGCGGCGGCGGCGCGGCGGGGAGCGACAGCGAGGACGGCGGCGGCGAGAACGAGUCUGCGGACGACGAGGAUGAGGAGCUGGAGAUCAUGGCGGUGGCGACUGAGGCGGAUGGUGGCAGGGGCAGCCAGGCGGCCGCGUCCCAUGCAGCCCUGGAGGGCCGGCAGCGCCAGGGCCGGCACCGGCUGGCGGAGGAAGGGGCUACGGGGGGCACCCAGGAGCUGCUGGCGCAGCUGAGCGCCUUUGCCAGCCGGCUGGACGAGCACCAGCAGCAGCUGCAGCCCGCCGCGGCCGGCGCCGCCGCCGCGCUGCCCGUGCCCGCCAGGGUGGUGCAGGCGCCGCCGGCAGACGGCUUCCCGCUGCCCGCCAGCGCGCUGGGCGGCGGCGGCGGCGGCACGCCGUGGAGCCGGGAGCGGAUCGUGGAGGCGGCGCUGCUGCGCGCUGAGCUGGCGGCUGAGCAGGCGCAGCGCACGCCGCUGCUGGUGGUCAACCUGGAGGGAGGCCACUUCCGCUUCCGCUGCUUCCACUCGGCGGAGGCGGUGACUCCCGCGGUGCAGGCGGACGCUGAUGCCAUCCUGGUGCUGCAAGGCUCGCUGGUGCCGGCGGCAGCGGGCUGGCCACGCACCCACGCCUUCCCAGAGCUGCCCCCCCCCCGCCAGGUGUCUGCCUUCACCGCGCUGCUGCUGCGGGAGCAGUGGGAGCAGCUGUCGCCCGAGGAGCGGCGACACAGCAAGCAGCUGCACGACCUGCUGCUUCAGGCGCAGGCCAGCGAGCAAGGGGCGGAGCUGCCCAGCCAGCCUGCUCAGGCAGGCGGCGGACCUGCGGCCGCCAGACCGGUGGCAGUGGCAGCUUCAGCGGCGGCGGAGGCGCAGCAGCAGCAGGCGCUGGCAGGAGGGGCGGGCGGCCAGGUGGCCUCGCUGGUGGGUCUCCUCACCGAGGCUAGCCGCCUGCAGCAGCAGCAGCAGCAGCGGGGGAUGCCGUAG